AGGCUCUGAACCACCCUCUGCAGUUGUCAGUUUCGGAAAAUGAAAACAUAGCAGCAACGCACGUACAGCGAGCAGCAAAACAUUUCGAGAAAGUUGCACUUGCGCCUACCUUGAUUCACACAAAAUGAGGCUAACGAUAAAAAUAUUAAAAGGAGAAGAAUACUCCGUUGAGACCACGGAAGAGUCCACAAUCCAACAAAUCAAGGAAGAAAUUGAGAAGAAAAGUUCUAUACCGGUUGAACAUCAAAAGCUACUGCUUGUAGGGAAGGCGCUAGCAGACGAAAAGACAGUCGCUUCCUACAGCACAAUUGCCGAUGGAACGAAACUAACGUUGGUGGUUAAGAAACCGGAUCCCCUGCGGGACGUCAUUUAUCGUCACUUCAAACGCUACCUGCAGGAAGAGCAAUCGCAACGAUUAACCACAAAGUUUAUGGACGAUUUCGAACAGAAGCUAAACCAACUCAGUUUGGAUGAUUUGGAAAAGAUCGCUACAGAAAUGCUAGCUAAAAAGGGACAAAAUGUCACCAGCGCUGAAAAUGCAUAACCGUAGGAAUUAGCGAUACGUGGGCGACGAAAACAGUGAUUUUCGAUUUACCAAUUAAUAUUGUUUAAAUAUUAAAAUAAAGUAUGUAACUGUGUUUGUGAAACAUAAA